GAACAUUUAGUCCAAGCAAAAGAAAAAUCAUAAAGGAACUGCAUGUGUUAGUGUUCCCAAAGAAGAAGGGCAGCGACAGUAACUCAGUAUAAGGCUUAAUUUUAGUCAGUAUCUUAACUAGACAUCAGAUCAAGACUGCAAGACAGAUAGGAAAUAAGGACUAAAGUAUCUGCAUACGCACCAUGUCUGCAGUGAAUUCAGUUUGUACCUGAUCUGAUUUAAGAGCCUGUGAAAUAAUGACUUCCAAUACUCUGAAUGGGGAGAUGCAGCAAGGGAAUGGGCAGGGGGGUCUGGCUCUUGCAGCUCCGCUUAUGAGCACCUUGGAAGAGACUCUACACCAAAUGAACAUUCUCAUCAAGGAGAAUAGUGACCUCAAAGAAGCUCUCAAGCACAACAAUACAUCCAUGAAGGGGCGCUUUGAGGACAUUGCUUCUUGGAAGGAGAAGCAGGAGGAGGAGCGUGAUUUUCUGGAGGAUAAACUACAAGAAGCCAAGGAAUGUGUGACAGCCCUCACCAUACAUAAUGAAGAGCAGAGAAAGAAAAUCCAGAUGUUUGAAGGGAACAGGCCUGAGACUUCUCAGGGUAGUGUGGAUCAUAGUCAGGAAGUGGAGCAGCUAAAGGCUAUGAUCACUCGCCUGCAGGCUGAGAAAUGUGACCUGGUAGCAAUGAACUCAGAGCUGCAGUUAAAACAACGAAGUGAUUCGCCUGAGGAUUCCUUUAUCGAAAUCAGGAUUGCACAGGAGGGAGAGUUGAAAUUGACUGAAGAUUUGCAAAACAAGCCUGCAAACACUGCUGCUGCUUAUAUUCGGCAUAAGUGUUUGGAUGAAGCAAAUACCCGUUUGGAGUCUGAAGAAUUAACAGUUAGCCAACUGCUUCAGUCCCUGCGACUGGAGACUCAGAAGGUGGAGAAGCUUGAACUUGAACUCCAGGCUGUAAAAGAAAGAAUGUUAGAUCUAGAAAAAAGACUAUUAAAUGUUGUGCAGAGUGGGACUCAGACAGAAGUGAUAGUUGAUGAGAAGCCCUCAUCAGUACCAAUGGAAGUGGAGGCUACAACCACAUGUGAAAUUACUGCAGAGACUCAGCAUGUCCCUGCUUCUGAGGUGGAGAAUUUAAAGUCAGAGAUGAUGUCAUUGUUUGAAGACCUACAAGAGGCACAGUCCAAACUGGAUGAGGCUGAAGGGAUGAAGAAGAGCCUGCAAGCUAGAUGUCAUGAUUUCGAGCAAGAUCUUUCUACCUUUCGUGCGCAACUUGUCGAAAAGCAGGAGGUUCAGUAUCAGAAUGAAACACUGAAGCUUCGGGUGGACAGCUUGCAGUCAAUGAGUAAAAUGGAACAGAUGAAAACAGAGGAUGAGAAGAGAAAACUGAUCCAGUUACAGGAUGCAUAUGCCAAGCUGUUUGAAGAUUAUACAGCAAUGGUGAAAGUAAUGGAUGAAAUGAAGUCUAACCCAUCUAAAGAAGAAAUUAGUGAGAUGAAUGAAAGACUUGUUGCUGCUGAGGAAGCUCUGGCAAUGAAGCAGCAGAAGAUUGAUGAAAUGAAGCAGCAGAUGUUUAAGCAGGAGCAGGAGCUGGAGACUGUUUCUUUGUUCAAGGCUCAGGCUGACAUUUACUCUUCAGAUUUCUAUGCUGAGCGUGCAGCAAGAGAAAAGAUACAUGAAGAAAAGGAGAGAAUUGUAGCACAACUGGAGUUUUUACAGAAGCAGAACAGCAAACUGAAAGAGGAGAUGGAGUCUUUUGGAAGGCAAUCGCUGAAUGAGAUGCAGCAUCGCCAUGUUUCCAGAGGGGCAAGUCCACAGCAGAAUGCACAACAGCUGAAUGUGCAGGGAGGAGCAAGAGGUGCUGAAAAUCGAGACUGGCAACAGCAGGUGGAUAUUCCGGAGCAUGCAUGUCCUAAAUGUAAUGAAAUCCUCCCUGACAUCGACAGUCUCCAGAUACACUUCCUGGACUGCAUCAUAUAAAGAAAUGGCCACGUUACAUACUUCCUAACUAAGCGCUGGUUAAAGGGGAUCAUUUCUAGACAUUUUUCUUCUUUUUUUUUUUGAUGCACUUCUUUUGUUGAGCACUAUAUAGGUUCCAAACCCUUUAUUAGAAAGUAACUAAAUUUCCAGAAUUGCAUG